UUAAUCCUAAUUGACUGUCAUUUUAACUCUAAAUUUGUAUUUUAAAGAAAUUGCUUUUUAAGCAAGGUCGUAGUCUACAGGAAGAUUUACAUGGAUGGGACUGGUAAAGUUUUUUCCACUCAUUGCUUUUCCUGAAUACUGUUAUCUUCAAUCUGAAGGCAUUAUAACUAAUGGAAUUUUGUAUCCAUGCGACUGAAGUUAAGGUUAUAGUCUGAGAAGGCAAUCAAAACUGUCAUAGAGAAGACCAGCCCUUCCUUGAAAGAAUGGUAGAGAGAUUGUUUCUGUUUGUGCUAAAAUGGUGAUCUGGGUGUGAUCUCAGGGCCGGGUGAAUGGUUGUGCCAGUAGCUGGGAAAGGGUAGGGCUGCCUAGCUUCUCUGAGAGGAGCCUUCGUGGAGGCAGGCCCUGUCAGGCACUGCUGGCCUGGUGCCAGAGGGAGUUCCUGGAUCAACCACGCUGCAGGAGGGUGUCCUUAGCCACCAGAGAGGCAGUAUCAGAGGAGGAAUGAUUGAACACAGCCUGUCGCUGUGCUACCACAACAAACUCAUCUUAGCCCCUAUGGUUCGGGUAGGCACUCUCCCAAUGAGGCUGCUGGCCCUGGACUAUGGAGCAGAUAUUGUGUACUGUGAGGAGCUGAUUGAUCUCAAGAUGCUUCAGUGCAAGAGAGUUGUUAAUGAGGUGCUGAGCACAGUGGACUUUGUUGCUCCUGAUGACCGAGUAGUCUUCCGCACCUGCAAAAGAGAACAGAGCAGGGUUGUCUUCCAGAUGGGGACUUCAGAUGCAGAGCGAGCCCUUGCUGUGGCCAGACUUGUGGAAAAUGAUGUGGCUGGGAUUGAUGUCAACAUGGGCUGCCCAAAAGAGUAUUCCACCAAGGGGGGAAUGGGAGCUGCUCUGCUGUCAGACCCUGACAAGAUUGAGAAGAUCCUCAGCACUCUUGUUAAAGGGACUCGCAGACCUGUGACCUGCAAGAUUCGCAUCCUGCCCUCGCUGGAAGAUACCCUGAGCCUUGUGAAGCGGAUAGAAAGGACUGGCAUUGCUGCCGUUGCAGUUCAUGGGAGAAAGCGGGAAGAAAGACCUCAGCACCCUGUAAGCUGUGAAGCCAUUAGAGCCAUUGCUGAAACCCUCUCCAUUCCUGUCAUAGCCAACGGAGGAUCUCAUGACCACAUCCAAGAAUAUUUGGACAUAGAGGACUUUCGACAAGCCACAGCAGCCUCUUCAGUGAUGGUGGCCCGAGCCGCCAUGUGGAACCCAUCCAUCUUCCUCAAGGAGGGUCUGCGACCCCUGGAGGAGGUCAUGCAGAAGUACAUCCGAUAUGCUGUGCAGUAUGAAAACCACUACACCAACACCAAGUAUUGCUUGUGCCAGAUGCUACGAGAACAGUUGGAGUCGCCCCAGGGAAGGUUGCUCCAUGCCGCCCAGUCUUCCCAGGAAAUUUGUGAGGCCUUUGGCCUUGGUGCCUUUUACGAGGAGAUGACACAAGAGCUGAAUGCCCGGCGGGCUGAGUUCUUAGCCAGGACCCCAGAGGCAGCGGGGGAACCAGCUGAAGACACCUCUGGUAUCAUUAAGAUGGCUGUGAAGUUUGACCGGAGGGCAUACUCACCCCAGAUCACCCCCAAGAUGUGCCUGCUGGAGUGGUGCCGGAGGGAGAAGUUGGCGCAGCCUGUGUAUGACACGGUUCAGCGCCCCCUGGAUCGCCUCUUCUGCUCUGUUGUGACUGUUGCUGAGCAAAAGUACCAGUCCACCUUGUGGGACAAGUCUAAGAAAUUGGCAGAGCAGGCUGCGGCCAUCGUCUGUCUGCGGAGCCGGGGCCUCCCUGAAGGUCGGCUGGGUGAAAAGAGCCCCUCCUUGCACAAGCGCAAGCGGGAAGCCCCUGACCAAGAUCCUGGGGGUCCCAGAGCUCAGGAGCCAGCAGUGCCUGGGAAGCUGUGCAAGAAGCCCUUUGUGGCCUUGGGAAGUGGUGAAGAGAGCCCCCUGGAAGGCUGGUGACCAUUGUCCCUACCUUGGCCAUCCCCCUUAGGGGCCUGGCCGUAAGUUGGCUAUGGGUGCAAAGCAUGAACCUGAUGCCAUUGGACAAAUUGCUGACUGUUCCUGGCAGGAGUUAAGAGGUCCUGGCCUGGUCCAUCAGCCUGAACCAAAGGGUUCCUAGGGUGCACAUCUUCUUUGGUGGAUCUGAGUAACAGGGCCAAGUUCCUAGUGACCUCAGUAUUUUCUUUGAAAACAGGAACUUUUUGGGUGGCGCCUCCUCAACUUGACAUUGGUACAGUGCAAUAAAGACACCUCUACCCUUACCCAUGGCUACUUGCUUCAGCCCUGGGCAUUGUCACACA